AGAGGUUAUAUAUAAAUGGGAGAAGCUAAGGUUGAAGAUGAGGAAGAGGAAGAAAGAAGAAAAAGAAAGAAAAUGGAGAGAGGAUUAAUAAUAAUAAUGUUAUAUUUGUUAGUUAAUGUGGUAGACAUGAUCAGUAUUAUUGAAGCAGCUCCUCAAGGUUCUCUCGUAACUCAUUUGCCUGGAUUCACAAGCAAUCACUUUCCAUCGAAACACCAUUCUGGGUAUAUAAAUAUUGAUGAAACUGAGAGUGGAAAAAAGCUGUUUUAUUAUUUUGUGACGUCGGAACGGAGUCCGGCGGAGGAUCCGGUGGUUCUCUGGCUCAACGGCGGCCCUGGGUGCUCCAGCUUCGAUGGCUUUGUCUAUGAACAUGGACCUUUCAAUUUUGAGGAAGGGAAUCCAAAGGGAACCCUACCCACCUUACAUCUCAAUCCUUACAGCUGGUCCAAGGUUUCAAAUAUUAUAUAUUUGGAUUCUCCUGCUGGGGUUGGCUUAUCUUACUCAACAAACCACUCUAACUACAUAACUGGAGAUCUUCAAACUGCUUCUGAUACCCACACUUUUCUUCUCAAAUGGUUUAAGGAAUUUCCAGAGUUUGUUAAAAAUCCAUUUUACAUAGCAGGAGAGUCUUACGCAGGCAUCUAUGUCCCUACACUUACCUUCCAAGUUGUCAAAGGAAUCAAAGAUGGAACUGCACCAAUCAUAAAUUUAAAGGGUUACAUGGUGGGGAAUGGUGUGACGGACGAUAAGUUUGAUGGCAAUGCUCUUGUCCCCUUUGCACAUGGCAUGGCCCUCAUCUCACACUCCAUCUUUAAGGAAGCUGAAGCAGCUUGUGGUGGAAAUUACUUCGAUCCUCAAACUAUUGACUGCAUUGACAAGCUUGACCGAGUUGACCAGGCUCUUAGAAGGUUAAACAUAUACGAUAUAUUGGAGCCAUGUUAUCACUCACCAAACACAGAAAUGAACACAAAUUUGCCGUCCAGUUUUCAACAACUUGGACAGACGACAGAGAAGACUACAUUAGCUGUUAGGAAGCGGAUGUUCGGCCGUGCUUGGCCGUUUAGGGCACCGGUGCGCGAUGGCAUUGUCCCUCUUUGGCCUCAGCUAGCUCGGUCCCAUAAUAUUACUCAUGAAUCCACUGUUCCAUGUAUGAACGAUGAAGUUGCAACUAUAUGGUUGAACGACGAAUCAGUAAGAGCAGCCAUUCACGCAGAGCCGCAAAGUGUGACAGGUGCAUGGGAGCUAUGUACAGAUAGAAUAAGUUACGAUCACGAUGCUGGAAGUAUGAUUCCUUAUCAUAUCAACCUUACUUCUCAAGGUUAUAGAGCCCUUAUUUUCAGUGGAGACCAUGAUAUGUGUGUGCCAUAUACUGGAACCCAAGCAUGGACUUCUUCCAUUGGUUACAAAAUUGUUGAUGAAUGGAGGCCAUGGUUCACCAAUUCCCAAGUUGCUGGGUAUUUACAAGGAUAUGAGCACAACCUCACUUUUCUCACCAUAAAGGGAGCGGGACAUACAGUGCCUGAGUACAAGCCCAGAGAAGCAUUAGAUUUCUAUAGUCGAUGGUUACAUGGGAACUCUAUUUAGUUAAAUCAUCUUUUCAUUCAAAAGAAAAUGUCAUUCUUAUCCUACUCUUCUUGUAUGAAUCCAAAAUCAUAUACUACAAUCUCACACAUUAUCAAUAAAUAUUUCUUCCUUAAUCAAAUAACUACCUAAAUCUAUUAUUUCA